GAUCUUAAAUACCGUAUAUCAGCAAAGUAAUCAGUGCAGAUGCCAACCCUACUAGCGAGUUAGCGAAAGAUAAUACUCGUAAUUCUUUUAUCUAAUUUUUAUCCAAAACAGGGCGGCAAGAACAAUGCAUUUAGGAAGAAUUUUUGUUGUAUUGGCGAUGGCCGCCGUUGUCUCGAUUUCAGCGCGCUCAUUGUCAUCAACAAAUUCGUGUGCUAACACCGACAGUAACAGCUUACUGAUGUGCAUGGCCCCAACUUUAAUGUACAUCCUCGGUCCGGACUAUCAGCAAAUCAUGAACACAAAGGAUGCCUCGCAAAUCACCGAAGCACAGCUCGUCGGCAUCUGCAAAAUGGGUCGGACUGUUAUGGGUUGUGUCAAGGAUAUGGCAGAGUGCUAUUUAGAACCCAGCCAAAUGGCCGACACAUACGAAAUGCUGACCGGUUCGAUCAAAUUGAUGGACGUCUGUGACCGGCCGGAUUUCUACAGCAAAUAUCAUCUCAUGGCACAAUGCACCAAAAUUAUAAACCAGACAUCCAGUAAGACACGUGGGUGUUUUAAUGCGGCAAUGAGAACCGUUAUGAAUGAUUAUCCCACGAACGCCGGUCCGGGCCGCGUCGAAAACGCGCUAGCCUUGGUGAAAAGACGUGACCUUAUCCGGAAUAUGUGCUGCAUGAUGAAUUCGUAUGAAACAUGCACGGGAAGCGAGAUUGCCGAUAAAUGUGGAGCGGAGGUGCAAGACAUCGCCACCCGUGUGAAUAAUGCUAUACGAGAGACGUUCAAGUGUUACGGGCCACGUGGAGAAAACUGCCCGGUACAGCCGGCUCCGACAGCCGAGGACGAAGCAGGCGGAUUCGAUAUUCAAAAAUUAUUCGGCGCCGGUAUGGGUGGUUUUGGGGGUAUGGGAGGCUUAGGGGGUGGCGGCGGUUUAAGUGGCUUAGGAGGAGCCGGUGGUUUCGGCGGUUUGAGUGGCCUGGGAGGAACGUCACUUUUUCAAGGAUAGUAGCUCAUCUUGGUAACUUAGCUUUACGUUGCGCAGUUUAGCAUUUUGUGAAAGUAAAACGUUUCAAUUCUUCCUUGAAUAGUCCCGGGGUCUUUUAGAUGGAGAGGUUGUGGGUGACGCAAAUGCACAGGGCUAGGAUAUCAAAACAGCUUUUAAGCUAUAAUUUGGUUACUAUUUGGUUACUGCUUUGCUCGUGCUUGUCAAUAAAGCUAAAUCACGA